AUGAAGAAGCAGGUCGCCGACUCCGACAGCUGCGCCGAUCAGGCCCACGCCGCCUCCCGCGCCGAGCGCGCGGCGCGGGCUGCGGCGGAAGGAAGGUCGCGCGAGCAGCUCCGGGAGGUGAGGCUGCUCCGGGACCAGCUGGACGAGAAGGAGCACGAGAUCGGGAUCCUGGUGGGCGACCUCCGCAGGCUGCGGGCAGACCUCGCGGAGUCCGAGCGCGGGGGGUCCGGGCUGCAGAGGCGGUCCCGCACGCUGGACCUCGACGACCUCGACGACUACGCGAGGCUGCGCGCCAGCGCGCGCGCGGAGGGCCGGUCGGCGGAGGCGGUGGCCUGGGGCCCAAGCGAGACCCCCGCGGCCGCGUCGCAGGACGCGGCGCCGCCCGUGCCGUGCGCGUGGGAGAGCGCGGACAGGUCGAUCGGCACGCUGACGGCCGCGGAGCUGGUCGUGCUGCGGGAGGCCAAGCUGCGGCAGGCGCCGCUCGAGGCCACGCCGCCAGCCGCGGCCGCCGCCGCGGGGACUCGAGGCGCCCAGGCUGCGGCGCGGCACCCUGAGGACGCCGAGGGCCUCGACGGCACCGACGGCCGCAACGCCACGCCCCGGGCGAGCGGGACCGCCACGCCGUCGUCGUGGGCGGGUGGGGCGUGGGGGCUGAGCCCCGCGGCCGGCUCGCAGCGGCAGGCCAGGGCGGGCCGCAGUGCGGCCACGACCCCGGCGGAGGCGCGCUGCUGGGAGGAGGGAGCGCCCGGGGGCAGCGCCACGUGGGCUGCCGGGCGCGAUCUGGCCGUGGCGGCCUCGGCGUGGGGCGACGAGCAGCAGGCGCUGCGCCACUGGGGCCAGCUGGCGGCGGGCGCGGGCCUGCGCUCGGCGCCACGGGCGGCGGGCGCGUCGCCCCGCAGCCACAGCCCGUUCGGCGUGGGACUGCGGCGGGUCUCGCUGCAACGCUGCGGGGCGGAGAGCGCCACGGCCGCGGAGCACUGCGAGGGCCUGGCCGCGCGCGCGCCGCGGAGCCUCCGCGGCGGGCGGCUGGCGCUGCCGUGUGCCGUGGUGCCCCUGCACUCGGACGGCGCGCACGUUGGCGACGUGCUGGUAUCGGACGCGCUGCAAGGCGAGGCGCUGAGUGGGCUGCUGCCGCGCCUUGCGCCGCCGCGCGCGGAGGAGCUCUGCGCCCGCACCGGCGAGCUGCUGGCCGAGCUGCACGCCGCGCUCGCUGGCCCGGAGGCGGUGCGCUUCGACGGCUUCCACCCCCGCCACGUGCUCUACGACGAGGCCUCGGGCUCCCUGGGGCUCGUCGGCCUGCACCGCCUCGGGCGCCAGGGCGACCUCCUGGACGACGUGGGCUCCUUCGCGGGAGCCGUGGAGGAGGCCGCGGGCGCCGCGCCCGCUGCGGCCUUCAGGCGCGGCUACGCGGCCUGGGCGAGGCCGGGCGGGUGCUCCACGAGCCCUGCUGGCGACAGCCAG